AGGCUGCGUCUGUCUCUGCCGUCGGGCGGAGGAGGAGGUGGGGUGGGUGGGGAACGGACAGACUCCGCCCCCUCUCCGGCCGGAGGCAGUGGCUGGAGGAGCUGUCAAUCAGCGGGAGGAGGAAGAAGGCGCGGGACCUGGUGAGUGGAGUGAUGUCUGCCGGUGAGAAGUCUGGUUACAGCAGAUUGCCCAGCCUCUCUCUCCCCAAAAGGACGGAAAGCGAGCUUUUGAUCCCAUUCGCAGUAGAUGAAGUCCUGAAUAACCACACUCUCAUCCAGAACCUGACGAUUGCUGCCAAAGAUGCUGCCCUCCUUCAGGGAGUUCUCAUGAGGACAAAAGAGGAUCCAACCAGCAGUGAGACGAUCUGCUAUGCUCCCUUCAGUCUGUUCCCAUCGCCGGUACCAACAGAACUGUUCACUCAGGCAUUUGAGGUCCAGCAAGACUUCAACUUGCUGGUUGAUAAAAUCAGCAUGGAUCCCGAAUUUCUAAAGAAAGCGCUAGCAAGUACCAUAGAAGCAGAUGAAUUUACAGCACGCCUGUUCGACAUUUACAAUCAAGUGCUUGAAGAAGGAAUUACCCAGCCGAUUACUUUGGGUAUAAACCGAUCAGACUACAUGUUUGACAAAAGGCCUGGUCAUGCUGCCACACUGAAACAGAUUGAGAUUAACACCAUCGCUGCCAGUUUUGCAGGGCUGGCUGCCAAGGUUCCUGAAGUACAUCGGCACGUAAUGAACGUCUGGGGAAAACCUGAAGAAGCGGCAAAGAUCCAGAGUAACAAAGCAGCGAAAGGGAUUUGCAAAGGAAUUGCAAAAGCCUGGCGCUUGUAUGGGUCUGCGGAGGCAGUGGUGCUCUUUCUGGUUGAGAGAGCCUCGAGGAAUAUCUUUGAUCAGCGCUGCUUGGAAAUGGAGCUUUGGAAUAAAAAUAUUCGUGUAAUAAGGAGGCAAACCAUGGAUAUAUACGAGAGAGGGAGUUUGGAUGAAAACAAAAAACUUCACAUAGAUGGCUAUGAAGUUGCAGUUGCCUACUUUCGUACUGGAUACAGUCCAGAUGAUUACCAUUGUGAUGAGUGCUGGGUUGCACGAUUGAUGAUUGAGCGUUCCUUAGCAAUUAAAUGCCCGAAUAUUGCCACCCAACUUGUGGGAACCAAGAAGAUACAACAGGAAUUGGUGCGUGCCGGAGUCCUUGAGAACUACCUGUCGGAGUGCCCAGAGGCUAUUGAACGAAUCCGUGCCACUUUUGUGGGUCUCUACAGCAUUGAUGAGGGACCUGAGGGCGAUGAAAUAAUAGCAAAGGCAGUGGAGGAUCCAGAAGCUUACGUGCUGAAACCACAGCGAGAAGGAGGAGGAAACAACAUUUUCAGUGAAGAGCUCAAGCAGGUUCUGUCGAACAUUAAAGAUGGAUCAAAGAGAUCAGCCUAUAUCCUGAUGGACCGGAUCAAACCACAGGCGGUGAAGAAUUACUUGCUGCAGUCUGGGGCGGCUGUGAAGCUGACUGAGUGUAUUGUUGAGUUGGGAAUGUUUGGUGUCUACAUCAGGAAUUGUAAUAGACUGGUCAUGAAUGUAUGUGCUGGCCACUUGCUUCGCACAAAGAGCACAGAGUUUGCGGAUGGAGGGGUGUCUGCUGGAGUGGCAGUUCUGGAUACGCCUUAUCUCAUCUGAACCACAGAUGUCCUGAAGUGUCUGCGGAGAAUGCUGCAGAAAUUCAGCAAGAACCUUUCCACCCUCCCUCUAGGGUGGAGGGUGGCAGUAGGGGUGAUUGCUCUUUGACUAAUAACUUUACUGAAGGAUUCAAAAUCUUAGUUUUAAAUAAAAUGGACCAAAUGAAUUGAGGCAAUUCAAAACCGAAGUAUGGAGUGAAAUGUCUCUGGUUGUCUACAGGGUUGGUGGUGUCUGGGAAAAGCAAAAUGUUACUGGGGCAGCACUGAUAAUUUAACUGUAAAUUGUUAUCCCCAAUAUGUCAUUGGGAUUUCCACAGUUUGUCUUGUACGUUGCAGUUGCCAGCUGUGGCUCAGUAGGUCGGACUCUCGCCUCUGCUUCAAAAAGCUCUGGGUUCAAGUCCCACUCCAGAAACUUGGAUGUCAAAAUCUAGGUCAAUGCUCCCAGAGCAGUACUGAAGGAGUGCUGCACUGUUGGAGUUGUAUUUCAGGUCAAAUGACAAACUGCAGUCUUGGGUAGAUGUACAAAGUUCCAUGCCACUAUUUCAAAGAAAAGCAGGGGACAGGAUUUUGCCACUGGCCCAUUUACCAGUUAGUCAACAUUUAUGAGACAAUAUCAGCUUGUGAGAGCCAGUAAUGUGCAAAUCAAUUGCCUCAUUUCUUGCAUUACAACAGUCUGACCAGAUCAAAGCUAUUCCAUUGACUGUCAAACACUUUGGGACAUCCUGAUUGAAUGUGGGUCACUUUGAAGCGGAGAGUUGCCAGGACAAGGUGGUUGGUGUCAGUUAGAUUGCAAACAAGUGACUUACGAUUGUCUUUUCCUUCUCACCACUCUUGCCAUUUCUGAGAGAAGUGGCUCUCAGUUGACAUGGCAGUGGUGCGUAGUCAAACCUGUAUCUGACUUGAUCUUUAACAUUUUAAAAUCUGUAUUGAAUCUGUUGUUCUGAAUAUUUUGUUGUGGAAUUUGUUGAUAACAUUGUGUGUACACAAUGACAGUGUGAUGCGGCUGUGUGAUCUGUAAUGUGACCAACCAUCGGGUUAGUUUUAUUUUUCAGUAAAUUGGUUUCCUUCCUUGCUUACCCCACCCAAACUUGUUGAGUCAUGUCAUAUCCACUACUUGGCUACCACAAUCACAAAGAGAUCAUUUAAAUUCCUUUUUUGUUAACCAAACAAUGUAAUUCUUAAAAGAAUCUCAACAAAGUGUAUUGUUAGAUCAGCAGAAUUUAGCAAUUUUAUGUAGGCUUUUAAAACAUCGAGUUUUAAAUUUGAAACCACUAACUCUGGGAAUUAUAGUCCAACUAAUUGAAGCACAUUACCACAUUAACAUCCAGCAGACUAGAUGGUAAUGCAGUAAUGUGCUUCAAUUAGCUGUGGUUGCCAUUAUGCAUGUGUACUGUACUGGGCAAUGCAUGAAGGGUUGAGAGUGGAGCUAGUGAUCUAGGUCAAUGAAAAGAAAAGUACCUGGUACAAAAGACCACCUAACGUUUGCCUUUUGUGCUUGAUGCUCAAAGCCACCCAACUUAGCUCAUUUAAAGAAAUGGUGCUGCAGGCAGUUAGCACCGCUGCCUCACAGCUCCAGUGAGCCAGGUUCAAUUGGUGCUGCCUGUGUGAAGUUUGCACAUUCUCCCUGUCACCAUGCAGGUUUCCCCCAGGUGCUCCAGUUCACCCACCACAUCCUAAAGACAUGCUUGUAGUUCAGAUGGCCACUAAAUUGCCACUUAGUGUGAUAAGUGGCAGCAUCAACAAUAAAAUGUAAAGGGAUUAGGUGGGCAUAUGAGAGAGAAUGAGUUGGAGGGUCAGAGGGAAAUAAAAGGGGGAGAGAAUGGGACUGGUAGGAUUGCUCUGUUGCAAAGCCAACAUGGACCAGAUGGACUGAAUAGCCUCUCUGACAUAAGUAAUUAUUUAAUAAAGAAAUCAUUUUGUUCAUAAUUAGCUUGCAUUAAAACUAAUCCUAAUCUUUCAAGUCAGUUGUCUAUACAAUUGUACUGUGUGUUCAUCAACAUCAAAUCUUGCAUGAAAUGCAAAAGUGGCUACCAUGUACAAUGCGUGAAAUGUUGAAAUUUAAUCACUUUUGUGUAAUCAAUUUGUACCACACAGGAGGAGACCCAGUGUGCCUGGGCUAGCCCUUGGAAAGUGUAGGCAGCUGACCUCACUUUCUCCUGCUGGUAGCUCAGAAUUUCUCCCCCUUUAUUUAUUCACUCCACUUUGGGUUGUUACCAUUAAAUCUGCUUCCACUAUUUUUCCGGGCUUGUGUUCCAAAUUAUAGCAAUUAAAUAAUUUCUACUUAUCUCCUCUCAGGAUCUUUCCCAACUAACUUAAAUUUGCAUUCGCUGUUGACAGAUCCUCCGAUUAGGGAAAGCAUGGAACUCAUUGUAAUUCUGAACUCUUGUACGAAGUCUUCCUUUCAUCUUUCCUGCGCUUAGAGAGAAUAUUUGUAGUUUUUCCAGUCUCUCCGUAUAAUGAGCACAGGGAGGUCAUUUGCCUAGUGGUGUCCAAGCAGCUAAAUAUUGAACGAUUGAUGUACCUGCCAUUUCCUUGCUCCCUGGCCCUCAUUAGCCCCAUUGGUUGUGGCACUUAAAGUGCAUUUCUUUCUGAUAAAUCUCUGCCUUUCCAAAACUUUAGCAUUUUUCUAAAGUGUGUUGCCCAAACAGGGGCAGGCACGGUAGUGUACCAGUUAGCGUAAUCCUUUACAGCGCCAGUGACCCGGGUUCAAAUCCGGCCGCUGUCUGUAAGGAGUUUGUAUGUUCUCCCCGUGUCUGUGUGGGUUUCCUCCCACAUUCCAAAGACGUACCGGUUAGGAAGUUGUGGGCAUGCUAUGUUCUGUGGGUUGCCCCCAGAACACUAUGCAAAAGGAUGUAUUUCACUGUGUGUUUCGAUGUACAUGUGACUAAUAAAGAAAUCUUAUCUUAAUCAAAGUUGGAUGCACAAUUCUAACCAUGAGGCUUAAUAUAUGAUUACACAGCAUAACAUCUCGAUUUGUUGUCUGUCCCUCUAACUAUCCAGCUCAAGGCACAUGAUUUUCAAUUCAUCCUCCCUCCUUAAAGAAUUUGCGUACGUAAGCCCCCAAAAUUUUCUAUGCUUGUUCUCUAUCCAUCUAAGCAUAGAGCUCAAGGGACAUCAUUUUCAAUCGUCCUCCCUCCUUCAAGAAUUUGCAUAUGUAAACCCCCAAAAUUUUCUAGCCUUCAUUCCAUAUUGCAUCCUUGUUUUUUUUUUAAAAUGCUUUUAAACAUCUAACUUUUAAACAACCUUUCCUAUUUCAGACCAAACUCCUGUAUAUAUUAGAAGUUUAACUACAGAGGUCUCCAGCAACAAAAGCAAACCAUUCCCUCCAUCUAAUUAUGCCACUCUUUAUGGUUUGCAUGAACCUGCAUCUUAACUAUUAAUACAUCCUUCAAAAUUGUCUAGAUUUUUUUAAAAACUCUUUCUUUUCCUCCUGUUAUUGGCAGCCUGAGGUCUUGUUCUGCUGGCAUGAGCAGCACUUUGUUGUUUCACUCGUGACUGGGUGCUCGGAUAAGAUAUUGCAUUAAAACUUAUUCUAAUCUCUCAUGACACAUUGUCUAGUAGAUGUUUUCCUGGAAAGCAGUUCAUUUAUGGCUUUCCGAUGCUAGAUUAGCCAGCACACUGCCUGAUUCAGGGGCUGCCUUUCUUGUCUGAACUAUUAAGGAAACUGAGUUGAUUUCUUUAGUAUAUAUAGAAGUGGAAUUGUUUAAUGUUUUGAGGUGUGUGGGUCACAAAUUAAAGCUUUUGUGCGCUGUGAUCUGCUUAACAUAGAACAGUACAGCACAAUACAGGCCCUUCAGCCCACAAAGUUGUGCCGACCUUUAAACCUCGCCUUAGACUAUCUAACCCCUUCCUCCCACGUAUCCCUCUAUUUUAAAUUCUUCCACAUUCUUAUCUAGUAAUCUCUUGAAUUUGACCAAUGUACCUGCCUUCACCACCGCCCCAGGCAGCGCAUUCCAUGCCCCAACCACUCUCUGGGUAAAAAAAAACCUGCCUCUGAUAUCUCCCUUGAACUUCCCACCCAUUACUUUAAAGCCAUGCCCUCUUGAGCAUUGGUGCCCUGGGAAAGAGGCGCUGGCUGUCCACUCUAUCUAUUCCUCUCAAUACAUUGUACACCUCUAUCAUGUCUCCUCUCAUCCUCCUCCUCUCUAAAGAGUAAAGCCCUAGCUCCCUCAGUCUCUCUUCAUAAUGCAUGCUCUCCAAUCCAGGCAGCAUCCUGGUAAAUCUCUGCACCCUUUCCAAUGCUUCCACAUCCUUCUUAUAAUGAGGUGACCAGAACUGGACACAGUACUCCAAGUGUGGUCUAACCAGAGUUUGAGUUUUACCUGGAUUCUUUAUAUUAGACCAAGGUCCUGUGUACAAAUUAAGUGUACCAAGUGUUUUGGCCACUGUUAUUCAUAUCAACAUGUCAAUUUAAUUGUGUUAUUGAGCUUUCUCUUGGACACAUCAGUGUUGCUCUUCUUGACCAGUUUGCAUCCACUUAUCACUAUUGUGGCAAAGAAGUUUCUUCUGAAUCCUUUAAUUAGGAAUAAAUUAUUGCCAAAAUAAUUGGGAAUUAAUUCAAAACAUAACAAUUUCUAAUGAAAUGAUCUAUCAGUUUGAAUUUGGUAGCCACUUUUAUACUGGGUGUCCCUGUGGUUUUUUUGUUUCCCUGCCCUCCCCUCACAACUGAAAACAUUUUCUCAAUGUCUGUCUGAUCAAACCAUUUAAUUUUAGGUAGAUCUUUGUCAGGACAACGGCCAACCAGUUUCUGUCAAUGAGACCAUAAGUUGUUGAAAUGACUGCAGUCAGAAUGGUUUGAUAGCGAUUUCAUGACUGCUGAUUCAGAACCCAUGUCAACACUGAGAAUGCAUUCAAAGUGUGAUGUGAGUGUAUUCACCUACUUCCAGGCUUGACUUAAUUUUCCUCCUGAGAAUGACUGCAUUUCACAUGAUGUGACCAAAUUUCGGAAUGCGCUCUAAUCUCACCUCAGAGUUUUGGAGCUACUGAUGGCACUCUGACCUCGCCUCAGAAUUGGCCUGCAGCAAUGUUCAGGGUGGAUGGGUCAGGGCUUUCAGCAUUGCGUAUCAAAUAUAUUAAAAUUUAAAGCUGUUCAGCAACUUCCAAUGCCUGGGUAGGAGAGCCUUGCAUAGGAGUUCAGUGUUAGGUCAGAUGAUCUUUGCUGGUUUGGCGAUAGGACUCCCAUCUGUGACUGUGCAUGAUGCACACUGCAGAAAACUGUCCAGUGGGUGCUAGUCAGCCAGCACUUAGCAAUGCCUCCAACAGCAGUUGAACAGGUUCCACAUAACAUUCGCAAGUUGAUUAGAUGGUGGGUAUCUAUUACCUGUGGAACUAAACCUCUGCAAUGAUUCAGUGUCCGCAACGAGGUAGAAGGUUGGACUGUGUGGCAUGGAGGGUUGUAUGGAAUUUCAUCUGUAAAUGCUGUAGAUUCAAGUCCCGUCACACUGAAAGUAUUGCUGCACUGUUGGGGCUGCUGCCCAUUGGGUGUACCCUUCAGCGCAAACAUUGCUUGUAGAAAUUCAUGUUCCCAUGCCAGUCUCUCAAAAUCCAGUCAACAAAUAGUAUUUUUGUAUAUGCCCAUUUAAUAGCCACUGCACUUUAUACAGAGUAUUUGUGAAGUGACCUUAGGAUAUAUCUGAAAAGCAGGAGGAAGCGUAGGUUUGAAAACUUGCAUCAAUUGUUGUGUGGCAAUUGUGUUUUCCCCAUAGUCAUCUUGGGUUAAUAUUGUGGUUGGUGGUUAAUCAUAAAUGAAAUGUGAUAUAGAUUUUUUUUAUUUUCGAUAAAGUUGUUUAAAAGUCUACCUCCAUGCAACUCUGUUGAAGAAUUCCUGUUUUAAACAUAAUUUAGUUUAAUAUAUCUUUCAUUGCAAUAGGAGCUACACUUCAUCAAGUACUUAACUAGCUGGAAAACACUUUGGGAUGUCCUGGGAUAGUGAAAUAAAAUGAUUUCUUGUUUCUACAUUGUGCACAUGAGCUAGGUUCUGACUACUGCUGCUGAGUAGUGCACUGCUGGGGUGAAAAAUGGAUUUAUGGAUGAUGUUUUGUUCUUUAAUGUUUCUAUUCACUGUGUUGUUUCUGGAAUAAGGUUAGAAAUAAUUGAAUUCUGCAUUGGGAUGUUCUGCCUUUAGUGGAUGUAAGCGAUGAGUUCAAAUAGGAAUCUUCCAUUUUCCCCUGAUCCAUGAUACUGUUUGGUUGCCCUCUCCCCUCCCUUCCAAAAAAAAUUAGGUGGGACGACAUCUUAAAAAACCGCUCUCUCAGCACAGAGCAGUCUGAUAAAUCCCCAUCUUUUGGCAUCCUACCCAAGACUAAACUAGAAAUCUAUGCGGGAGUGGAAGCAGGAUAUGUGGGGAGGCUCAACUGUUUCAAACCAACUCUAUCAAAAAUAUUAUACACUUUAUAUUAUAAAAAAAUUGUCCUGUGCUUAAUAAAAGUACAAUUAUUAGAUUCUUUGCUGUCAGUCUUGUGCUUUGCAAAGUUGCAGCUGACUUGUGACUGUUGAGAGAGGUUAAUUAUUUUUCCCUUGUUCCCACUUCAGCUCAAUGGAGACACAAGAGACUGCAGACGCUGGAAUCUGGAGCAACAAACAAUCUGCUGG